GGAGGACGAGGCACCUGCAGCAGGAAGGAGAGCAGGGAGAGCGCGGAGAACCGGCUUCCCCCUGGACCUAACAGCUUCUCCUCAAACCCUUCUGUCUCCGAUCGGCCGCUCCCCGUCCCGCCACAGAGCCGAUGGCGUCGGCGCUGCCCGCCGCCUGCCUGUCUGAGGAGCAGUUCACCUGCUCCAUCUGCCUGGAGGUGUUCAGGGACCCGGUCUCCACGCCAUGCGGCCACAGCUUCUGCCAGGCCUGCAUCUCGUCCUACUGGGACCGGGGGGGGCGGAGCUCCAAGCCCUACCAGUGUCCGCUGUGCAAGGAGAGCUUCCGCAAGCGCCCGGAGCUCCACAUCAACCGCACGCUGAAGGAGAUCACCGAGCAGUUCAAGCAGGUGGCCGACGCCGGCGCGCCCGUCAACGGAGGGGGCGGGGCCUCGGAGCAGCCCGCCCACCAGCUCCACCCCCCGCCGGCCCCCUCCUCCCUGCCCCGGCAGGGGGACCUGCCUGGGAGCCUCAUUGCUGAGAUGAGGCUGCGUUUCCAACAGCUGGGACCGUCUGGGUCUGCUCCACCCCCCGUCCCCCAGAACCCCGAGCAGCAGGACGGACCGCCACCCUACCCUCCAACCCACCCUCCACCCUACAGCACUCCCAGCAGGUCUGGUGUGAACGGCGGCGGCGGCGACCCAACCCUCCCUCUCUGCCCCGCCCACCUGAGCCGGCUGGAGCUCUUCUGUCGCACCGACAACACCUGUGUGUGCAGCGUGUGUGUGGAGACGGCCGAGCACCGAGGACACAGCGUCACCCCCGCCAAGAGGGAGUGGCUCAUCAGGAAGUCUCAGUUGGGCAUCACAGAGCUGGAGCUGAAAGAUCUGAUCAGUGAGAGGGAGAGGAAGGUGGAGGAGAUCCAGUCCUCCUUUCAGGAGAUCAAGGCGGCUGCUGAGAGGGAGACGGACGAGGCGGUUUGUGUCUUCGCCCAGCUCAUCUCCAGCGUGGAGUGCUGCCAGGCCGAGGUCCUGGAGGUGAUCGAGAGGAACCUGCGAGCCGCAGAGAGCCGAGCUCAGGGUCUGCUGAAGGAACUGGAGGAGGAGAUCGCGGAGCUGAGGAGGAGGAGCGCCACUGUGAACCAGCUGGCUCUGUCCGAGGACUGCAUGUUCUUUCUCCAGACGUUCCCGUCACUGUCCAUCCCCGCUCCCACCAAGAGCUGGACCGGCGUGUCCGUCUCGUCCCAGCUCACCUCCGGGGUCGUCCUCAGGAACGUCAGUCAGACCAUCGAGAAGCUUCAGGAGGAGAUUCACAAACUGCCAGAAGUCUGUUGUCUGAUCACAGGCCAGAGGUCCUCGGCGGAGCCGUCUGUCCCCCGACACAACAUGAAGGUGAAGCGGGUUCAGGAAUACGCAGCUGACAUCACCCUGGACCCCGGCACCGCCCACCCCCGCCUGGUCAUCUCGGAGGACGGGAAGCAGGUGCAGUGUGGAGAGCGCCACCAGCUGGUGCCGGAGAACCCGGAACGCUUCGACCGGGUGGUCUGCGUCCUGGCCCACCAGGGCUUCAGCUCGGGCCGCCACUACUGGGAGGUGGAGGUGGGAGAAAAGACGGACUGGGACCUGGGCGUGGCGAGCCGCUCGGUCAACCGUAAGGGUAAGAUCACGGUGAGCCCGGCUCACGGGUACUGGUUCCUCAGCCUGCGGGACCACUGCGACUACGCCUUCCGGACGGAGCCCUCCACCAGCCUCUCCGUCAGCGCCAGGCCCUCCCGGGUGGGAAUCUUCGUGGACUGCGACAAAGGCCUGGUGUCCUUCUACAACGUGGAGGCGCGAGUGCUGAUCUUCAGCUACACCGACAGCUUCUCCGACACCAUCCACCCCUUCUUCAGCCCCUGCACCAAUAAGUCAGGGCGGAACGAGGCGCCGCUGAUCAUCCGGCCCGUCGCCGUGACAGAGUGAACCCGGAGGCGGCCUCGCCGUUCAUCAUGCCUCGGAUCCCAGCGGCCACGGGACUCAGACGCGGAGCUGGUGUAUUCUGAGUGUUUGCUGAGAUGUUUGUGUGGUGUGUGUUUGUGUGUUUGCCUUUGGCGGUCCGCGCUCCAUCUCUUUCUGCCGGAGCUCUGGAGGUCAGCAGACCUGGGAUUGAAACCACCGGCUUCAGGACCAGAUGACCCAGAAACAGACGCUUCACCUGGCGGCGGUCCACAGCUGGUCCGUCAUGCUGGAACCAGAGCUCCAGCAGUGACCAUGACUGCAUCGCAGUGGUUCAUGCUGGCCGUGGUGACGUUUCCUCCUUCUGCUAAACCCCCAGGAGUCGCCGAGGACCCGCCGCGCUGUUGUCACAGGAUGAGCUUCUUUUUCUUUCUGAUUGUCUUGUUUUUAUAUAUCGUUACUCUGGUAAAUAAAAUGAUUCAGACUCUG